CUGCACAGGUCUCCCUCUCCCGGCAGAAGGCGCAGCCAUGAAUCCGUUAUUUGGUCCCAACCUCUUCCUCCUACAGCAGGAGCAGCAGGGCUUGACCGGGCCGCUGGGGGACCCUCUGGGAGGGGACCACUUUGCAGGGGGAGGGGACUUACCCUCCGCUCCGCUUGCCUCGGCCGGUCCCUCUGCCUUCUCGCCUCCCGGGCCCGGUCCGGCGCCCCCCGCAGCCAUGGCUCUCCGCAACGACCUAGGUUCCAACAUCAACGUACUCAAGACCCUGAACCUCCGGUUUCGCUGCUUCCUAGCCAAGGUGCACGAGCUAGAGCGCCGAAAUCGGCUGCUGGAGAAGCAGCUGCAGCAGGCUCUAGAGGAGGGUAAGCAGGGCAGGCGGGGCCUGGCCCGCCGUGACCAGGCGGUCCAGACCGGCUUCAUCAGCCCGAUCCGGCCCCUGGGGCUGCCCCUGAGCUCCCGGCCGGCCGCCGUGUGUCCCCCAUCCGCGCGGGUGCUGGGCUCGCCCGCCCGCUCUCCAGCUGGACCCCUAGCAUCCUCUGCCGCCUGCCACUCAUCAUCCUCCACCUCCACCUCCACCGCCUUCUCCUCGUCGACCCGCUUCAUGCCUGGCACCAUCUGGUCCUUCUCUCACGCCCGCCGGCUUGGACCGGGACUGGAACCCACGCUGGUGCAAGGGCCAGGCCUGUCGUGGGUACACCCUGACGGGGUGGGCGUCCAGAUCGACACCAUCACCCCCGAGAUCCGGGCGCUGUACAACGUGCUGGCCAAAGUGAAGCGAGAGCGGGAUGAGUACAAGCGAAGGUGGGAAGAGGAGUACACUGUUCGGACACAGCUACAGGAGCGGGUCACUGAGCUCCAGGAGGAGGCCCAAGAGGCCGACGCCUGCCAGGAGGAGCUGGCCAUGAAGGUUGAGCAGCUGAAAGCCGAGCUGGUGGUCUUCAAGGGGCUCAUGAGCAAUAAUCUGACAGAGCUGGACACCAAGAUCCAGGAGAAGGCCAUGAAGGUGGACAUGGACAUCUGCCGCCGCAUUGACAUCACGGCCAAGCUCUGCGACCUGGCUCAGCAGCGCAACUGUGAGGACAUGAUCCAGAUGUUCCAGAAGAAGCUGUCUCUACACUUGUCUCCCAUUAAGGUCCCGUCCAUGGGGGGGCGGAAGCGGGAGCGCAAGGCUGCCGUGGAGGAGGACACCUCCCUGUCGGAGAGUGAUGGGCCCCGCCAGCCCCAGCCCGAGGGUGCCGAGGAGGAGAGCGCAGCCCUCAGCAUCAACGAGGAGAUGCAGCGCAUGCUCAGCCAGCUGAGGGAGUAUGAUUUUGAGGACGACUGUGACAGCCUGACUUGGGAGGAGACUGAGGAGACCUUGCUACUUUGGGAGGAUUUCUCAGGCUAUGCCAUGGCAGCCGCAGAGGCCCAGGGAGAGCAGCAGGAGGACAGUCUGGAGAAGGUGAUCAAAGACACCGAGUCCCUGUUCAAAACCCGGGAGAAGGAGUACCAGGAGACCAUUGACCAGAUAGAGCUGGAGCUGGCCACGGCCAAGAGCGACAUGAACCGGCACCUGCACGAGUACAUGGAGAUGUGCAGCAUGAAGCGGGGCCUGGACGUGCAGAUGGAGACGUGCCGCCGGCUCAUCACCCAGUCCGGGGACCGAAAGUCUCCUGCUUUCACUGCGGUCCCGCUUAGUGACCCGCCGCCACCGCCAAGCGAGGCUGAGGACUCCGACCGGGAUGUCUCAUCUGAUAGCUCCAUGAGAUAGGAUGCCGUGCCUGGUGCCCCGGAGCUGUCCGGGGCAGGGGUGUGGCUGCAGAGGACUGUCUUCUGUGCCACCGCAUGGUGCCUGGCCCUGGGCUGUCCUCCCCAGGGUCCGGGGUGUCUGGAGCUAGGCUCGGCCCCACCCUCCCUGUACAACUCCCAUGACGUUGGGGCACUCCUGCCUUCCUCACACGUGGACACCCGUGAGCAUCCUUUUCCACUUGUAGGGAAUGUGACUACAGGACCUGCCUGUAUUCCUUGGGAAUCUUGGAUUUUGUACUGGUGCUAACUGGUCUAGGCACUUGUGAGCAGAUUCAUCAUGGACCUUUGGAUAGGGUUUUUUUGUUUUUUGUUUGUUUGGUAUUUGGAGACAGGGUUUCUCUGUAUAACCUUGGCUGUCCUGGAAUUCACUGUGUAGACCAGGCUGUCCUCGAACUCAGAAAUCCGCCUGCCUCUGCCUGCCAGGUGCUGGGAUUACAGGCGUGCGCCACCACUGCCUGGCUAGGGUUGUGCUCCCUAUUGAGGCCUUCUGUGUCCACCACAGUGUGGCUGUGCAGGCUCACCUCUGGGAACAGGUCACCGCUGAAAGUAAAGGGUGAGGCUGCUACCCGCACAUGGGUGUGGCCUGCAUGAUGUUGCUGGUGGCAGGGCCUGUUUCUCCAGUGAUCAGCUGAGAUUAUGCCUCCGUGGCUGUCACUGACAAAACCAAAAGGUUAAGAUGUACCAGACCUAAGGAGACAAGAUCUCCCAGGAGAGCUGACAUUGGAAUGGAACCUCUAAGAGCAACAAAGGUGUUGAGUCCUUAUUGGGCACCUGAGUCACUGUGGACACUGCACCUUCAUUUCCAACAGAGCACUGGUUAGUCACUUCCCCCCGGAACCAAAGCACCUACCAGGGCCACAGCUAAGAUGACAUAAACAGCUCUCUGUUUUACUGUACUGGGCGCCCUUCCAAUUUUACCUAAUUUAAUGUCUGGAGACUUUGAGAACUGGAUACAAUUAACCUUUGUUUGCUGAUAAAGGACACAGAUCUUAAGAGCAGCAAGCUCUGAAAGGAGUCCCAAGACUGCUUCCUGUCCCAGUGUCAAGCCCCACCCUCCGCAUUGCCAGACACAUCAGGUGUUCAGGGCAGGCACCCUGGGCUGGGACUUGGUUGGAAUGUAGCCCUGGACUUCCGGCGCCCAGCUGGAUGUCAGAGCCAAUAAAGUUAACACGCACAAAGCCGGA